AUGAGAGACGAACAAGAUUUAAGAAAUGAGCUUUAUACCACUUUAAGAUCUAUACAUAAACUACAGUUUUUCCAAGAUGUUAGAGGUCCCACUGCAAGGAUUGAGAUGGAUCAUCUUUUGAAACAAAUAAUAUUCAAAUUUUUAUAUUUUGAAAUUACAGACAAUGGUACUAAUUUGUCAAAAUUAUUCCCCAACAGUCCAGAUUAUCCUACUUCCAUUGAUGAUUUCUUAAAUGAUACCAAUAUUACAAAUGAAUUUUACAAAAUCGAUAUGAAACAAAAACAGACAAGUUUUACUCAUAAGGGAAGAAACUGUGGUCGAAAGUUCAAAGUUGGUGAACCGCUAUACAGAUGUCACGAAUGUGGGUUUGAUGAUACGUGUGUUCUUUGUAUACAUUGUUUCAAUCCCGCUGAUCAUGAAAAUCAUCAUAUUUACACAGACAUUUGUAAUGACUUCACCAGUGGAAUUUGUGAUUGUGGUGAUACUGAAGCGUGGAAUGGAGAUUUACAUUGUAAAGCAGAAGAAAUCUCCACUGAAGAUAAAGAUGAUACCAUGGAUGAUGAGGCAUCUGAUAACGUUUCAUAUGAUGAAAAAGUUAUGGAAAUAGUAUUAAGUGAAGCUUUCGAUUAUUUUAUUGACUUAUUCAAUCAGAACGUUGAACCAUUGCCAACUUUUACUAAGGAAAUUACCAUGAAAUUGAGAGAAAUGAUACAAAUGGGGCAAGUUGAUGAAAUGAAUAAAUUCCUAAUAUCUUUAUCUUAUAAAAAUGAAUUCAUUGAAGAGGCCGAAGAAGCUAAAAAUUAUACAGUGUUGAUUUACAAUGAUGAAUUCCAUAAUUAUUCUCAAGCAACAAUGGCACUAAGACAGGGUGUUCCUGAUAAUAUUCAUACCGAUAUUCUGACAUCCAAGAUUGAUAGCGAGGGCAGAGCGAUGCUAAAAUGCUCUGACGAUAUUCAGACUCUUACAGAUGGGUUUUUCAAUGUUCAAUCAAACGGAUUAAGUGCAACAUUCACUUCCUGGUCAGAGUAUGUUCAUCAAGAAGCAUGUAAAUAUAUUGUGCACUGGCUAAAUCACUGUUUAACAAUUCCAGAUAAUGACUUCCAACAUAUGUUUAGAAAUGCCCUAGGGAAAGUCCUAUGUUUAGAAAGUCCAAAUUUACCAGAUAAAAAUUCUAUGAUACCGACUUUAGAAGAAUUUUUAAACAUGAAAUUAACUGCCAGCAACGCACUGGACAUUCAUUACCCUUAUAGAUUCAUCGAUUUAUCUAUAUUAAACAACCAUAACAAAAUUCCUUUAGGUUUCCAUAAAACCUUAACUGAGUCCUCCACUAAACAUAUAUCCACAGGAUUGAAUGAGCAUGAAAAUAUAACUGAUAGAAAGUAUGCAAACACUAGAUUGCAAUACUUAUUAUAUUUUGACAAUAGAUAUUGGAAAAAAUUGAGAAAGGAUCUUCAAAAUGUCAUCAUUCCAACUCUAUCCUCCUCCCAAAAAUAUAAACCAACAUUUUGUCAGCAAGUUGUGGAAAUAUUUAAUCAUAUGACCAGAUCAAUUGCCUAUAUGGAUAGGGAACCUCAAUUAACUGCAUUGAGAGAAUGUGUUGUCCAAUUAUUUACAUGUCCAACUAAUGCCAAAAUGAUUUUUGAGAAUGAAAAUAAUUACUUUAUUGACAUUGUAUGGUCGAUUAUAGAUAUAUUUGCCGAAUUUUGUAAGUUUGACGAAGGUAACUUUGUGUGGCAAAAAGUCACGAAGAGUAAUCCUACAAAAAGUUUAGCAUUAUCAUUUAAACAGGGCCUUUACACUGUAGAGACACUGUUGAGUAAAAUUGAUAACCCAAAUAUCAUUAUGCGUCCGAAAGAGUUCAUUUCUAUUGUAACUCUAUGUAAGCUUUUUAAUGGUGCCUGGAAAAUUAAGCGUAAAGAAGGUGAACACGUUUUGCAUGAAGAUCAAUCAUUCAUUCCCUAUUUAGAGUAUACCACUUCGAUCUAUUCUAUUAUCCAAACUAUUGAAAAUACUUUAAAUGAUAAUAUGUUUAACGAGCAGCUAUUACUGAACUCUAUAAAACUUCUGAACUCUUACUUAAGCCAUAGGUCACUUACAUACAAGUUGGUAAAGGAUUCUUAUGAAGUUGUCAAGUUCACUGUUAGUAGCGAUAGAGUGGCCUAUAUGAAUCCUAUACAUACUUUUUUCUCAUUUUUGAUUGAAAAAGUUCCACUGGCCAAGGGUUACGAAGCAAUCUUAUAUCAAGAUGCAUUAUCCACAACCACUGUAGAAGAUCAUGCUGAAACGGCUAUCACGCACGAUGUGACUUUCGAUUUUCUCAAAAUUUCAGAUUUUUCAUUAAGAACCAUAGUAUUAUGCUCACAGAUAAGUGUGGGCUUCUGGGUGAGAAAUGGUAUGUCUGUAUUACAUCAAGCAUCAUAUUACAGGAAUAAUCCUGAACUGAAUACCUACUCCAGAGAUAUUUAUCUAAAUCAACUAGCCUUACUAUGGGAAAGCGAUGACCUUCCAAGGGUCAUAUAUAAUAUACUGGACAGAUGGGAAUUAUUAGAAUGGUUCAAUGGUGACGUAGCAUACGAAUCUACUGUAUAUCAGGAUAAGAUUACCCUAAUCAUGCAACAAUUUAUAUCAUUCCUUUAUCAGUUACUAACUGAAAGACAAUUUUUCCAGAAGUUUUCUUCUGCAGAAGAAAGAAAAAUGUUUUAUAUUAAGAACGCGAUCAUCUAUAAUCUGUAUUCUAAACCUCUCUCAUACUCAAAACUUUUGAAAAAAGUUCCAGAUUAUUUAACUGAAAAUACUACCGACUUUGACAGUGCCUUAAAUGAAGUAUCAAUUUUCAUCGAACCGAAAGGUUUAGCUGAUAAUGGUGUAUUUAAAUUAAAAGAAUCUCUUUAUUCUAAAAUUGAUCCGUUGAAACUAUUGAAUUUAGAAAACGAAUUUGAAAGCAGUGCGACCGUAAUCAAAACCCAUUUAGCAAAAAAUACAAAGGAUGAUGUUACAAAAGUUAUUCUACAGCCUCAAAUCACAUCACUAAAACAUAUGGAUGAAGAAGCUGCUGAAUUAGGUGCCUUUACUAGAAGUACAAUUUUUGCCAAAAUUAUUUAUAAACUACUGCAAGUUUGUUUGGAUACAGAAGACGGUACAUUCUUAAACGAAUUAUUGCAUUUAAUACAUGGAAUUUUCAGGGAUGAUGAAAUGGUAAACGGUAAAUCAUCUUUGCCAAAUGCAUUUUUAUCAAAGCCCAUCUGCAAUUUGUUGUUAAGUAUUGCUGUUUCUAAGACCGAAAACUUUUCAGGUCACAUUACCAGUAAAGCUAACUACUUACUACAAAAAAUGAUAAAUAAAAACUCAAAUGAAGUAUUUGAUUCCUUAAUUGCAAGUUUUGGUACAGAAUAUGUUGAAGAAUAUAAAGCAAAAAGUCACACGAGUGGAGCAGAUUUAGAAGAAUCGGAAAAAGAAAGGAAAAAGAGAUUAGCAAAGAAACGUCAAGCGAAAUUAUUAGCAAAGUUUAAUAAUCAGCAAAGCAAAUUCAUGAAAGAGCAUGAGGACGAAUUUGAAGAAAAGAAUGACUAUGAUGAUGAGGACGUUGACAUGUUGGAAGGAGAAAAAAUUGUUGAAGUCGAAGACUUCACAUGUUCCUUAUGCCAAGAUGCUCAAACUCAGGAUGUAUUUGUCAUUCCAUCUUAUCAUGACUACACGCCCAUUUUUAGACCAGGUAAUAUCAUUGAUGCAAAAGAAUUCGCCACGUCAUGGGAGGGUUUCACAAAUGAUAAUGAACAUCCGACAUAUAUGGAUGAGGAACUACUAGAUAGUUUACAGAUUGAUGGCAAUGAAGACGCUAGAAAAGUAUUCGUUUCCUGUAACCAUCACAUUCAUCAUAAUUGUUUCAGAAGAUAUAUCCAGAAAAAGAGAUUUUCUUCUACCGCCUUCAUUUGUCCCCUUUGUCAGACGUAUUCUAACUGUAUUAUUCCAGUACACCAAACAUCUUCAUCUGAUACUUCCCUUACUGUAGAUUUAUUGCUAGAAGGUGACUCGCAUACGGUCAAAUUGAGCGAAUGUUUCAAGCCCUUCAACACCGGGGAAUUCAAUAAUAUAUUUGAUGUGUUUGAUGCUGUAUUCUCAGAUUCCCAAUCAUUCGAUAAAAGAUAUCAUAAAAAUCAAGAUUUUGGAAAAGGAGUGACUGCUUUGGUUUUAGCCAAUCACUGGACGAACACCAUAUGUAUGCUAGAAGUUGCUUCUAGGUGGGAGAAUUUGCCCCAUAAAAACUUUUUAGUUGGUAAGGAGCAAAAAUAUAAGACAUUAAAAAACAUCCUAGUUUUUAUUAUUCUGAUUGUUAGUAAUGUCAGCUCACCUGCCCCUACCGACAAAGUUUAUGUCAACAAUGCUGGUCACAUUUAUAAUCAAAAUCAAUUGUUCCAAUAUAUCACGAGACAGGUAUUGUUUUCUGAUGAAACGACUGUGAGUAUCAUUACUGAUGCUCUUAAUAUGUAUUCCGUCCAAUUUUUGAAAGAUUUUUUCCUAGAACUUGAAGGAGCAAAUAUUGAUGAUCUCUAUGAAGAGGCCAUUAGCUUAGGAACUGUUUACAAAUACGACCAAAAAUUACUGGGUCUCUUGAACAUGACUUGUGGAGCACAUUUCUCCAUGCCUCUUUUCUCAGACGAGUUGAAAACCAAAAUCUUCAAUUUGGCCUAUUCAAGUUUGUUAAAGAAUUUGUUACCAUCAUUAAGAAGGUGUUUAAUUAUGUUGAAAGUUUUUCAUCUGUUGUUAGAUGAGUCAGAAUCAAGUCCCUUUACCAUUAAAAAUAUCAAUCUCGAAAAAGAUAUAUAUAAUGCGGACGAAUUUCAGUUACCACAGUAUAUUGAUAGAUUGAUUUUCAUUUUAACGAAUUUUGAGACAAUUGGAGAAUUUUUGAAUGGUAGAAAUAUAUCACAGCCAUUCAAAAAUGAAGAUCUCAUCAGGAACGUUCCUCACGAGUACACGGGUAUUGUAAAAUUGGCAGACUUGUCACAAUACUUGAACACUUAUGUCACUAAUGCUAAGGCUUUGAGUUUACGUGAAGAAAACAAAAAUACAAAAAACUCUACAAACAGACUCGAUUUUAAGAUAUGUCUAACUUGCGGCGUCAAGAUUCAUCAAAGGUCUGAUAGGCAUGAAAUGUCAAAGCAUUUAACAAGACAUUGCUUCAAGCCAUUUAGUGCAUUCUUGAUCCCUAAUACUUCAGAAAUUUGUUUAUUCUUAAGUAAGCCUGCAUCAAGUAUAUGUGUGGCUGCCCCCUAUUUGAAUUCGCAUGGUGAAUCAGGUAGGAAUGCUAUGAAGCGCGGUGAUUUAACAAUGCUGAAUUUGAAAAGGUAUGAGCACCUGAAUAAAUUGUGGAUCAACAAUGAAAUCCCAGGCUACAUCAGUAGAGUUAUGGGUGACGAAUUUAGAGUAAGCAUUCUCUCUAACGGGUUUUUAUUUGCGUUUAAUGGUGAGGGGCGUGCAAGAAGAGUACCGCCAACAAAUGCUAGUGAUGAUGAAAGCGAAGAUUUCCCAGAAGGUGGGGAUGAAGACGACUUUGAAAGUGAUGACGACGAUGAUGAAAGAUUUGGAGAAGGUUUCAAUCAUAUUAAUAUACCUCCUGGAGGAGAUGUUAGAGAUUUUUUUCAAAUCUUUGAAACUGUCAGAAAUGCCAUGGAGGACAACGGUGCCAAUCCAAAUGAGGGCGUUGAUUUAACAACGCCAUUUUUGCAAUUUUUUGGACCACAAUUCAGAGGAGCAAGAAGAGACAACGGCGACCAAGAUGAUGAUAAUGUCGACGAUGAUAGAAAUUCGGAUACUGAGCCAGCUUGGUGA